GCCCCCUUUCUCUCAGGGUGGGUGAGGGAGAGAGGGAGCAGUUCAGUCGCAAUGCCUCCAAACGUUCUUCAUUUUUAGAUUUUGAAACAAGAUCUACACAUUAAAGUUGUUCCCGCUUUCAAUAUACAAUAUCGAUUACCUUAAUGAGCUACUGUAUCUUCUGGGCACUAGGACCCGGAAGGUCGCCCUGGUAGCCUUUUGCCACUUGCAGUCUGUCAGGAAUGUUUUCAAACGCAGUGAACGCAAAGCCAGCUCGGAUCGGCUCUGGAGCCGCAUUUUCUGGGUAAGAGGAGUGAAAAGUGAACACGUUGGUGACAUUCAGCGACGUUUCUCUCCAAAAAAAAACAAAAAAAAAAAGGCGUGUGUUUUUUGUUUUUUUUUUCUGAGGGGAAUUACAAAUUAGUAACCAAGAAAGAACAUUGCAAAAAAAAAAAAAAAAAAAAAAAAUGCAACGUGACAGACAGAAGACGGGUGACUUUAAGAAUAACACAAGAAAAUAAAACGAAAACAAACAUUUGGAACACAAAGCAAAAAAAAAAAAUAGCAGUCAGCAAGCGUGUUAAAAAGAAAAAAGACGAAAGUAGGAUUUUUUGGUUUUUCAGAGAGCAAGCAUGUGGCAUUUGGAAGUCACAAGCGUGUCACCUGGACCGCCACCCAGUUCCACACGGGACAAUGCAAAACAGCAAAAGCAGAAGGAUUCACAUUUGCGAACAGCUGUUCUAGUGUUAUAUUUUGCACAAUCGGAAUUUACAGAAGUAUAUACACGUUUGCAUUAGAGAAAAAGCAAACCGGUGCUUUUCUUAAUAGUAUUUAAUUCGUGUUUUGUGUUUUUUUUUUUGUUUUGUUUUUUUUUGAAUGAUAAAGCGAAUUUCUAGUCUCGAAAGAAGGACCGAAACAGCAUGACACCUGGUUUAUUUGUAGAGCAAAUGUUAUUAUUAUCAGAUUAGCUGCAGCUCCCGGCUGUUGUACGUGGCAAUGCAAGACAUUUUCGGUUUACACAACACACGAAAAAUAACAGCUCAGCGUUUUUUUUUUUUUUUUUUUUUUUUUUUUUUUUGACACUAAUAACACUUUUAAAUAACAUUUGUAAUGCCUAAGGCAUCGCUGAUCAGCAUAGCAGACGAGACAGUGCUAUGUGUAAAGCAGCGUUGCAUUGGUCUAGGGGAAAGCAUGAGAAUACUGCUGCGUUGCUUGCAUGCAUGCAAUGAGACAAACGUCCUUUUAAAAAAUUAAAAAGGGGCUCGUUUGUGUGGAAACUGAACCAAGGUAGGGUUAAAGACCAAGUAUAAUAAUAUGAACGGCAUGGAGAACCAAGCCCCCGAUCAGUUUCACGACGACGUGAGGAAAUGGGGUUACCUCCGAAAGCAGAAAUCCAUGCACAAGCGCUACUUCGUGCUCAGGGGGGCCUCGGAGAGGGGUCCGGCCCGGCUGGAAUAUUACGAAAACGAGAAAAAAUUCCGGGCCAAGGCUCCCGUCCCUAAAAAAACCCUGAACUUGGAGACGUGUUUUAAUAUCAACAAGCGGGCCGACUCGAAGAACAAGCACCUGAUCGUGGUCUACACGCGGGAGGAGAGCUUCUGCAUCGCGGCAGACAGCGAGGAGGAGCAGGACGGGUGGUACGAGGCCAUGGUGACGCUCCAGUGCAAAAGUAAGGCCCACGUGGAGAGCCCGGAGUAUGGACUGGUCGUGGAGGCUCCUGGUCCCGCUUUCAAAGAGGUCUGGCAGGUCAAAGUGUGGCCGAAAGGCCUGGGCCAGGCCAAGAACCUGGUGGGGAUCUACCGGCUGUGCCUGACCGAGAAGACGGUCAACUUCGUCAAGCUGAACUCGGACGCGGCUGCCGUGGUCCUGCAGCUCCUGAACGUGCGCAGGUGCGGGCACUCGGAGAACUUCUUCUUCGUGGAAGUGGGGCGCUCCGCUGUGACGGGCCCCGGGGAGUUCUGGAUGCAGGUGGAAGACUCGGUGGUCGCCCAGAACAUGCACGAAACCCUCCUGGAAGCCAUGAAGUCCUUGAGCGAGGAGUUCCGACAGAGAAGCAAGAGCCAGUCCUCCUCGAGCUCGUCCAACCCCAUCACCGUCCCCUCGAGGAGGCACCACCCCAACCCUCCCCCGAGCCAGGUGGGCUUCCCCCGCCGCUCCCGCACCGACACCUCCAGCACCAGCAGCAACCCCUCCCCUACCCCGGCCCCCAAGAACGGCCACGCCGGCCCCCAAACCGAAGGAGCCAGCCCCACUGCCCCGGCUGUGAGAUCGGUCCGUCCCUCUGUGAAGACCCCUCUAAGCCUGGCGAAAUCCACCCCUUCCCCAGCCUCCUGCUCCGCUAGCCCAUCCUCCAGCAGCGGACUUGGCUCCGAAUGUGCCUGCGUCAGGGAGCGCUGUGCUGGGGGCGCGUCUGCGGCAGGGUUCCCCGGCGAUUUCGGAUCCUCUGACGAGUACGACUCCAGCCCCGGGGAGCACUCGCAAGGCCACAGUUUGACCCCCGACAUCCUGGGCGGUUAUCUCCCGCUAGGAGAGGCCAAUUACAUUGCCAUGGGGCGGCAGGAUGGGCGGAAUAGUGGCGCCGCCAAUGCGCUGCCGUCUCCACCGGCUCGGAGGGUGUUACGCCGGUCCUCCAGCCGGGAGAGCGAGGCCGAGCGGAGGCUGCUAAGCAAACGGGCCUCCCUGCCUCCCGUGUCCCUGGAGAAGCUGACCCCGGGCCUGCCUAGGAGGAGGGUCCCUCAGGACUUGGGAGCGGCAGGGGAGGAGGGAGAGGAGGACUAUGCGGUGAUGUCCCGUGAUGCCAGUCAGCCGUCCUUCGCUCUGCGCAGCGCGGGAGGGAGCUACCUGGACCUCCCCGGGAGCAAAUCUCAAGCCAGCGAAGCAGAGACGAUGAGGGACAACGGCUACAUGCCCAUGCUGCCCGGCGUGGCCAACGGUGGCCAAGACGAGAGAGCAGCUGGAAAAGCCGUCAAGCCGGACGACUACAUGACCAUGACCCCCAACAACAGCGUCUCCCCUCCCCAUCAGAUCAACCCCCGGCCUUCCGACGGGUACAUGAUGAUGUCCCCCAACGGAAGCUGCUCCCCAGACCAGAAAGGGGGUACCUGGGGCGGGCACUCGCUAGCCGGGGCUGGAGGGAGCAGCGUGGACAGCAAAGCCGGGAGCGACUACAUGAACAUGUCCCCCGUGAGCAGCCGAUCCUCCUGCAGCACGCCCCCCGAUGUUCUGCUCGCCGACCCCCCGAAGAUGGUCUUCUCCUACUACUCCCUCCCGCGCUCGUACAAGCACGCCGCCCCUGCGCGAUUCGAAGGAGGCGCGCAGACCCCCACCAACAACAACCCGGGCAGGUCUUGCAUGACCGGACAGAGCAGCGGCUGGCUCCUCUCCUCCCCCUCCUUCUCCAGCUCCGCCAGCAGCGAGAGCCUGGGAGAGACGGAGGAGCAUCCUGGGAGGUCUUCCAUGGGUGCCGCGGGGAAAGAGGACAGCAGCGGGCAGAGGAAAGGCGGGCAGCGUUGCCGUCCCACCAGCUUGUUCAUUGACGUGUCCAAAGCCAGCACUCUCCCGCGGGUCCAGGAGAACCCUCUCCCUCCAGAACCCAAGAGUCCCGGGGAGUACGUCAGCAUUGAGUUCCGUGGCGGUGCCACAGGAGACUUGGGACCUUCAGUCAGGCUUCUGCGAAGACCUCCCUCAUGCUUAGGCGGCUACCAUGACCAGCUUCAGCAAGACCCGCUGGGAUCAGAGUACGUCAGCAUGGACCUGGGUUCCCCAUUAGCCUUCCCGGUCCAGGAGAGGAGGACGGUUCUGUCGAAGCCCAGCCCCCAAGCUGGUCCAGCCAGCGAACCCUGUCUGAGAGCCUUGCGACCGGAGUCGCCCACAUUCGGAGACUACACCGAGAUGACUUUCAGCGCGGGUUCCCUCACUCCCAGAUCUGCCUCCCCCAAAGAGGAGCCGGAUGGGGGCCAGGCCAACCUGGGGCAGGUCUUUCCCCUGCCCAAGUUGAGCCCCAAUCCGGAUCAGGGGGCGAAGGUAAUCCGGGCAGAUUUGCGCCGGAGGCACUGUUCAGAAACCUUUCUCCAGCAGCUCAACCCGCCGCCCCUAGUCUUCGCCGAUCACCCGCAGGUCGCCAAGCGCCUGGGUUUCGAGAGCGUCUGGGGAAAAGGGGAAGCUGGCAGCGAGCCCAACUCCCAGUCCUGCCUGCUUCUCUACCCCUCGGCUGCAGCCCCUCCACCUCCACCUACCGCCAGUGUCUCCAUGGAGCAAGGCCUGAACUACAUCGACCUGGAUCUGGCCAGUAAGGAGCUAGCCCACCCGGUUCUUGAAGGAGCAGCGUCCGGCCAGCCUACCCCUCCUCGGCUCUACUCCUCUCCCCUGUCCAACGGAGGGGCCCCCGUCUUGGCUGUCAACACCUACGCCAGCAUCGACUUCCAAAGGUCGGAGGAGCUGCGUGCGCACCAGAGCAGCUGCAAGGAUGGCACAGGUGAGGCGCUUAAUCCUUCUUGAUUCCUUUGUGUUUGACUGUCUUGUGAAUGUCCUUUUCAUUUCCACUCCCCUUGCUGUAUUGGGAAGCUUGUCCUGGGCGGUCCUGCGUCCUUCUGAACCUGCCUCCGUCUGGAGAAUCCUAGUUCAUGUUUUGUGGCGUUUUGUUUGCAGGCAGGGUUGGGGUUCCAGUGCCUUUUUAAAAUCAAUUUUUUCGUUCCGUAGAAGGACUUUGGAAUUGGAUUUUAUAUUUUAGAGACACUGUAAUUGUUGCGAUUGUUCAACUGCUUUCAUUUUGAGUACUGUAAUAUUUAGCAUCUCAUCCGCAGAGCACGAGGAGGGGAAGCGACUCGCUCAGGGUCACACACAGCCAGUCAGUGGCAGAGGUGGGAUUUGAACCCGUGACCUUGUGGUGACAAACCCUGGACUUUAACCACUGGAUCACACUGCCUCCUAUAAAACCAAUUUGAAUUGACCAAGAAACAAGUCCUUUGUCGCCACUAUUGCUAGAAGCUAAUUUUAACAGAACGUUGCGAAUUGCAGUUUUGAUUGGUAAAGGGUUUGGAAUUGAUCACAAGGGAAUUGGGGGAAAAAAAACAAAACAAAAAAAGGAAUUAAACCCCCCCAGCUCCUGUUCUAAGUUCUGAUGUUCCACUAUUGAGCGACUGUUUCUCUCCAAGUCUGCCUUCGCCUGGCUUUUGGGCAUGCCUGGAUAAAACGCCAAGCGAAGUUAUAAACUGUUUAAGCUUCUCAAACAGGUUUUCUGGAGGAGACUGUACUUCACAUUGUGUGUCCAGAUAAACUGCAGAGAUCCAGGCAAUGGAACUGGGUUAUCUUGUCUGUUCGAAUCGCGGUCGAGCAGCACUGUGUGUUCUUUGCGCUGGCUCCAGAUAAUAAGGUUGUUUUGAUGAAGGAAAUGGCUUUGUGCUUGCUUUGUUUUUUAACACUAGAAGGGGGAGGCAGUGCUGUGAAGACUCAAUCAGGUGACUUUUUUUUUUUCUGCUUUGCAACUGUGUGCAGAUUUUCUAUAGAGAAACCAUUUUAUUAUUAUUAUUAU